CGACUUCAGCGCUUCGCCCCCGCGCUGUGCCCUCUGUCGGCGACGUAGGGCAGCGGUAGCAGCGCUCGCGGCAGGAAGCGGCAGCCGCGUCUACGUCGCCCAACACUGGAGCGACGUUUAAAGAAGGAGCCGGAUCGCCGGGGAGUCCGGCCUCUUGUUGUUGGAAGACUCCUACCGUUUGGCGCGGCCCGACGAGGAGAAGCGGCGGCGCGGGGAAGCAGGCAUGGAGAGUAGAAAAUUGAUUUCUGCUACAGACAUUCAAUAUUCUGGCAGUUUGCUGAACUCCUUAAAUGAACAACGUGGCCAUGGACUCUUCUGUGAUGUUACUGUUAUUGUGGAAGACCGAAAAUUCCGAGCCCAUAGGAAUAUUCUUUCUGCUUCUAGUACUUACUUCCACCAGCUCUUCUCGGUUGCUGGGCAGGUUGUUGAACUGAGCUUUAUAAGAGCAGAGAUCUUUGCAGAAAUUCUCAAUUAUAUCUAUAGUUCUAAAAUUGUUCGUGUUAGAUCAGAUUUACUUGAUGAAUUAAUUAAAUCAGGUCAGUUGUUAGGAGUUAAAUUUAUAGCAGAGCUUGGUGUCCCAUUGUCACAGGUUAAAAGCAUCUCAGGUACAGCUCAGGAUGGUAAUGCAGAAAUCUUACCUCCUGGUUCUAGUGACAAGAACCUUGAAAUACAAAAAUCAAAAGAUGAAGCCCAAGAUAAUGGGGCCACUGUAAUGCCUAUUAUAACGGAGUCUUUUUCCUUGUCUGCUGAAGAUUAUGAGACAAAAAAGAUCAUUGUUACUGAUUCAGAUGAUGAUGACGACGACGUCAUUUUCUGCUCUGAGAUUCUGCCUGCAAAGGAGACUUUGCCGAGUACUAGUGCAGUGGCACAGGUCCAGCCUAACCCAGGCUCUGUUGCUAUUUCAAAUGUCGCACCUUGUGCUAGCAAUAACUCUCCCCCUUUAACAAAUAUCACAUCUUCUCAGAAACUUCCUGCUCCUGUGAAUCAGGCAACUCUGAGCCAAACACAAGGAUCUUCAGCCCCGACACAUCUGACUCCUAACAUUAUUUUGUUAAAUCAGACACCACUUGCUACAUCACCAAAUGUCAGUCCUUCACUUCCAAAUCCUUCAAUCAAUUUACUUGUGCAGAAGCAGCAGCAGACACCAAAUAGUGCUGUUUUAACAGGAAACAAGUCCAAUGAAGAGGAGGAGGAAGAAAUUAUAGAUGAUGAUGAUGACACUAUUAGUUCCAGUCCAGAUUCGGCCGUCAGUAAUACAUCUUUGGUCCCACAGGCUGAUAUUCCCCAAAAUACCACUUUUGAUGGAUCAUUGAUACAGAAGAUGCAGAUUCCUACACUUCUUCAAGAGCCACUUUCCAAUUCUUUAAAAAUUUCAGAUAUAAUUACUAGAAACACUAAUGAUCCAGGUUUAGAAUCAAAACAUCUAAUGGAAGGUCAGAAGAUCAUUACUUUAGAUACAGCUACAGAAAUUGAAGGCUUGUCGACUGGUUGCAAGGUUUAUGCAAAUAUUGGCGAAGAUACCUAUGACAUAGUGAUCCCUGUCAAAGAUGACCCUGAUGAAGGGGAUGCCAGAAUUGAGAAUGAGAUACCAAAAACAUCUAGCAGUGAGACAACAAACAAACGUAUGAAAGUAAAACAUGAUGAUCACUAUGAGUUAAUAGUAGAUGGAAGGGUCUAUUAUAUCUGUAUUGUAUGCAAAAGGUCAUAUGUCUGUCUGACAAGCUUGCGGAGACAUUUUAACAUUCAUUCUUGGGAAAAGAAGUAUCCUUGCCGUUACUGUGAGAAGGUAUUUCCUCUUGCAGAAUAUCGCACAAAGCAUGAAAUUCAUCACACAGGGGAACGAAGGUAUCAAUGUUUGGCCUGUGGCAAAUCUUUCAUCAACUAUCAGUUUAUGUCUUCACACAUAAAGUCAGUUCAUAGUCAAGAUCCUUCUGGAGAAUCAAAGCUUUAUCGUUUACAUCCAUGCAGGUCUUUACAAAUCAGACAAUAUGCUUAUCUUUCUGAUAGGUCAGGCACUGUGCCUGUAAUGAAGGAUGACAGUAUUGGGUAUAAGGUUGAUGCUGGGAAAGAACCUCCAAUAGGGACCACAUCUACUCCUCAGAACAAGCCAAUGACCUGGGAAGAUAUUUUUAUUCAGCAGGAAAAUGAUUCAAUUUUUAAACAGAAUGUAACAGAUGGCAGUACUGAGUUUGAAUUUAUAAUACCAGAAUCUUACUGAACUUUGAAAUACCAGAAAGUUUUGGUUUGGAUUAAGGGACAGGGCUUUCAGAAGACCUAUAAAACAAAUUAAGUUGAAAAUGAGUUAAUUUGAUCUGCCACAUCAUCUGAAGGUAGUUUAGUUGGAUUAUUUGUUGAUAAUUUUUAGAAGCAAAUUAUUCUGAAAGUUUGAGUAGAGAUUGAGAAGUUCUCCACUAAGUAUUUGUUUAUAUAGUUAGCUUUCAGCUCAUUUAAGAGGCAAAAAAAAAAGAAAAAAGAAAAAAAAAAGCUUGGAGAGAUAGUUUCCUGAAUAGAAUUUGAAGCAGUCUUAAUGGUCUUUUAAAAUAACUGGAGUUAUUAAGCAUACCUUAGUAUAUUUUACAACUUUCCCCUUCUGUUAGCACUUUACUGCUGAAUUCUCAAUUUUCUUAAUAUUGAGACUAUAAACGUGUGUUGUCUUGUAUAUGGCAUAAGAAGUAAACAAGAACUUCUAAAGUUGUUCUGGAAAAUUUCAGAAUAAGUCUGCUUGGUUGUAUAUUCUGCUAGUCCAAAUGGACAGCAGCCUCCUGCCUUCCUCCAUGAAAAUGGCCACGCAGACAAGUCUCAUCUGAAGAAUUAAUUAGUUUUAGCUAAUCAGAAUUAAAUCUUGAUAUUAUUGUCAUAGUUUGGAAAAAACUUUGGUGGCUGGACUGCUGUAUAUAUUAUACCUUUGUUAUGUGGUACCUGUGAGCAAAAAUACUAAUCUUUGUAAUGCAUACAGGAGGAGAUGAAAAGUUUUGUCACAUUUUUUAAAAAUUCUGGCUCUUACAUGAUACAGAGGGAAAGUGAAAGGAGAUUGCCUGUUUGCUCAUUAGGGUUAAAAAUAUUCCCAUUAAGUUUUUUCAAAUUUUGAAUCUGAAUGCCACCAAAUAAAUCUUUAAUUCUGUAUAAAUCUUUAUACAUGAUAGAUUCCAGAAAUGAGACUCCUACGUAUUUUGGGUGGGAGGCUACUGGCAUAUAUUUUUAAAUGUUCAUAUUACUUAGAAUCUCUAAUAGGAAGUUUUCAUUUGAAAUAGUUGAAUCAGUGAUCUAGUAUUUUCCUUUAGCAAGACCUUUUAGGUUUUUACCCCUUCUAAAAUAAGUUCCAUUCCAUCUGUAAGUUGCUGCAAUAUAGCAAUCAGAAACUGUAUGGAAUGUAAUAUAGGCUUGUUGAUUCCCAUUUAUCUUGAGAACAGUAAAUGCCACCUUUCUUCCUUUUUUUAAAUGACACAUAUUUAAACAUUUUGAAAAUAAAGUAAAAACGUACUGAAGUGCUAGUACGAAAAGGAAGCAGGUUGGAACAAAUAUAUAACCUAGCAUUUAUAACAGGAUUAACUUGUUGAACUUCUGUAAAUGACUUUUUGCAAAGGAAAAAAAAAAGAUACUGAAAAAGAUUGUUGUGCAUAGUUAUUAGUCAUUUGUAACCUUACUUAUUUCUUAAUUCAACAUAGAUAUUUUCUUUCUCCUUAACUAUGUAUUUUUAAAAAUAGUCUAUUUCUUGACUUUGAACUUAAAGCUUUAAUCGUAAUUCCUCAUGUAUACAUCAUUCUGAUGGUAAGCUAGAUUUGAAGAUAACAGUUUCAGUGUUUCUUAAGUUGGUAGUUGAGGAUAUCAGGCAUCAGUAUUUGCAGUAAUACAAGGAGAAAGAAAAAGAAUCUUUUGCUUACUGAGGACAAGAAUGAUGUGCCACUGUUUUGUGUUCUGUGAGUCUAGACCUACAAACCAUUUUGUAAACUAAGCCUUGGAAAAUUUUAAAUUACCUUAUAACUUAAGACUUGUGGUCUCUGGAAUCACAAUAUCAGUUUCCUUUCUGUGUAGAUAUUUAUAACAUUAAUCUUUGGCUAUAGAGUGCAUUCUGAAAUAUUUUCAGUGGAAAUUUGAGUUUCAGUAAUGCUAUUUCAAUCAGUUAGACAUAAUUACUUCUACAAGUGUGAAUGAUGCUGAUGCCAGCAGAGCUUCCAGACCUUUCAGAAUUACCUGCUAGGUAAAUUAGUUUGUUGUCAUAAAACUUGGUAGUUUCUACAAGGCUAUUAGAACAAACCAGAAAUUAAUUCUAUAACGGAAAACUAUCCAUUCUGAGUAAUAUGGAUAUAAUUUUUUGCUGCUGCUGUGCUCUAUGUAAAUUCUGAGUAUGAAAUUUAAACUGUGCCUACUGAAGGUAUCUUCUGGAGUUUUUUUUAGGAGAAUAACUGGAAAAUUAAAUUGUGUUUUUGCCAGAAGACUCAUACUUGCAUGUAUGUCAGGGUUUUCAGUUUUUUAAAAGUUUCUUCAUCCAGAGUUUGGAAUUCAUGUGGAAUACUCCUUGGCGGCUAAAACCCUUCACUACCAGUAUUUAUUGCGUUGGAAAUCUGCAGCAAGAUGCUGUUUAAAACUUAUGAUGGGGUUUUCUUAUUUUAUACUUAGCUUGCUAGCUAUUAAACUUCAUUUUUUUUUCUGUCAGGUUGGCUUUAGAUUUGCCCCUGUGAUAAAUUACCUGUAAAUAUUCUGGAUAGGAACUGUUUGAAAUAGCAGUUUGUUAAAAGAGAUGACAAUGAAAAUGUUCAAACUAAGCAAAUAUUUUAAAAUGCCAUAGCAAUCUUGGAAGAUUCACUUUAAAAUAUAUUUUAAAUGAUCAUUAUCAUUUUGGUAGUAAUGAUCCCUCACAUACAAUUACUAUGAGGAAUUGAUGCUGCAUUUUCCCCAUUGUACCAAAAAUAUAAAACAUGGUAAAAAUGAUCAAGGUAUUUUGUAUGGUCAAGGCUUGCAUAUUCUAAAGAAAUAAUUGCUAAUUCGACAGUAUUGACUUCCUCACCUCUGUCAAUCAUAUGAAACCUUGUUCAUUUCCACCCAAUACUGUAAUAUUCAUACUUGUACAAUCUUCCCUAUCAUGACUUUAAGUUCUACUUAUCAUUAUCUGUUACCUGAUACUAGUUCGUAGAGCUUCUUACGGCAAAAAUAAACUUUUUAAUUCU